GUGCUGGUGCCGUGCCGUGCCGGUGACGAGUUGCAUCCUGGGAAAGCCGUUUCCGGGUUCGGCGGUGUUUGCCGCGCCCGGGCUCUGCGCCCAGGUUCACCUCGUCUCUCCCGACCGAGCCUUUUCCGCCCCCGGCAGCGUUUUGGCUCAUCUGCCCUCCCGCAGGGGUUAAGGCUGGCGCCAUGGACGUUAACCAGCCCAAGCAGGAGCACUUGCUGGCUCUGAAAGUGAUGAGGCUAACCAAACCUACUUUGUUCACUAAUGUUCUGGUGACUUGUGAAGAAAGAGAUUUGCCAGGUAGUUUAUUUAACCAACUCAUGAAAGAUGAUCCUUCUACUGUAAAGGGAGCAGAAACUUUGAUGCUAGGAGAAAUGCUGACUUUGCCUCAAAAUUUUGGAAAUAUAUUUCUGGGAGAGACAUUUUCCAGCUACAUUAGUGUACACAAUGAUAGUAAUCAAGUUGUCAAGGACAUACUGGUGAAGGCUGAUCUUCAGACAAGUUCUCAGCGCUUGAACCUUUCAGCUUCUAGUGCGGCAGUGGCAGAACUUAAGCCUGACUGUUGCAUUGAUGAUGUGAUCCAUCAUGAAGUAAAGGAGAUAGGAACACACAUCUUAGUUUGUGCAGUAAGUUACACUACGCAGACAGGAGAGAAGAUGUACUUCAGAAAGUUCUUCAAAUUUCAGGUUCUUAAACCACUAGAUGUGAAAACCAAAUUCUACAAUGCUGAGAGUGACCUCAGUUCUGUGACAGAUGAAGUGUUUCUGGAAGCUCAGAUUCAGAAUAUCACCACCUCUCCAAUGUUUAUGGAGAAAGUGUCUUUAGAGCCAUCUAUGAUGUACAAUGUUGCAGAACUGAACACCGUUGACACAGCAGGGAAAAGUGAGUCUACUUUUGGCUCAAGGACUUAUUUACAACCUAUGGAUACACGUCAGUACUUAUACUGCCUAAAACCAAAGCAAGAAUUUGCAGAGAAAGCUGGAAUAAUAAAAGGUGUAACAGUGAUUGGUAAACUAGACAUUGUAUGGAAAACUAAUCUGGGUGAACGAGGAAGGCUGCAAACUAGCCAGCUCCAAAGAAUGGCGCCUGGUUAUGGCGAUGUAAGGCUUUCUUUGGAGACAAUACCAGACACCGUAAAUUUGGAAGAACCAUUUGACAUUACAUGUAAAAUAACAAAUUGCAGCAGUGAAAGGACUAUGGAUCUUGUUUUAGAAAUGUGCAAUACUAAUUCCAUCCACUGGUGUGGAGUUUCAGGAAGACAACUUGGAAAGCUGCACCCAAGUUCAUCCCUCCAUCUUGCACUUACGUUGUUGUCUUCAGUGCAGGGACUGCAAAGUGUCUCUGGCUUAAGACUUACGGACACAUUUUUGAAGAGAACAUAUGAGUACGAUGAUAUUGCGCAAGUCUGUGUAGUUUCUUCAGAAUUCAAACAAAGCUGAAGAAAAAAUUCUGUGUUUCUGCUGGGCUUUUUUUGAUCAACUUCUUGAUGUUUUUGCACCUGAAUCGUGUUAAAAUGUGUACAAACAAAACCAAAUCCCUAUAUAUCUAUAAAUGUAACUAUGCUUAUUUAAUUCCUCUGAGCAUUUUCUGAAUGUUUAAAAUCUUCUGAAAACAUGCAUAUACAUUUUGUCUACUGAAAAUAAAGCCUUUGAAAGAAAUGUAGCUCUAGCAAAUCAUAUUGCAUUAACAUCACUUUAGGGCAGGGGGAUGAGAUUGUUAUGGAAAAAGUAGCACUUUGUACUUAUUUUUAUUUUAAUUAUUUUUUAAUAUUUAAACAUUUUAAAAAUUGUGGUUCUGACAAAACUGCUUCAGUUUGAAGGAACUGUUGUUUUACAGACAAGUUCCUGGAAUCCAACCCCCUAAAAGAAAUACAUUGGUGUACCUGGCAUUGCAGUGUAUUUGCAUGGUACUUGCAUAGCCAUAAGAACUAGAGCCUUGUAAAGGCAUGAGGUGAGACAGUGCACCUGGCACUGUUGAGGUGCUAGCAGCUAGAAAGUGGAGUAUCAGCCAAAAAAUGUGCUCACUCCUUGGAAAGGAGUAGUACAGCAAAGCUGUCCCUAUUAGCUGCACUCUUGUGCAGAGUUGUGCAUCCCUGCAAUACAGGCCAUGCUCUGAACAGGCAUGUUACUUCCCAAUUAGUAGGGAACUGAAAACUAAAAUAGCAAAACUCGGGCAUUUUUUUUUUAUUGUUAAACUGAGGUGGUGCAAACUGUUUUCCUAUCCCAGACGCAUUUAAGUAGAUUUUUAGGGAAAUGAGGAGAAAACCCCUGCCUGGCUGCUCUAUAUCAUGUCCUCCAAAGCAUAUGCAGGAAGAAAUUCAGGACUUGGUUAAGCACUGAAAUGUACUUUUCUCUAGCUUUGUUUUGACAAAAGAUGGAAAUAUUUUUGACUGAAAUAUCUAAGGUCACCCAAAGGUAGCCAUUUAAUACAGAAAAUAGUGACUGGCUUUCCUAGUUUAACACUAGUUAAACUAGGGUUAAAGAUUCUACUCAGUGGCUUGUCAUAUUUCUUAGCUACCAUAUUGGCACUUAGCAACCUUAGUUAGUUUUGACAGUAUUUUACUUAAGGCUUUCCUGUGUAUAAAAUCUUUAAGUGUAGAAUUCAAUUUUAAAAUAUUGGAUAAAUUGAGGGAAUGAGUCCAUACACAGAAAAAAUAAAACUAUAUCCUGCACAUCUAAUAAAAUGCCGAGCAACCACCAUAAACAGGUAUUUUAAAGAAGGCAAUUUACCUGUUACUCUAGAUAUACCAACAAACUAAACCAGUAAAACCACAACUAUCCAGACAAAAAAUGUAAAUAACUUUAUUUAUAAUCUAUUUCCAAGUUAAAUGGACACAAGUUGAAAGAGAUGUAACCAUAAGGUAAUAAGAGGUAGGAGAGAUACAGAAAGGGUAGACAAGUUGCAUUUUGCCAGUAUGAUUUCUGUAGCCCUGAAACAGCAUGUCAAUCCAGAGCUGCAAACUUAGUUCUUUCUCAGUAUGCAUGAGUGAUUUUACUUUGUACUUGUUACAUAACCAAAAGUGCAACUGAAACAAUUUCUAAGCUGAAUAUUUCAUUAGGUGUCUUUAUGAUCAGGCAUAGUUAGAAGAAUAUAAUUCCAUGCAAGCAGGUUACAGGAGUUUACAAUUUGAGUGCAAAACACUUUUUUCUCUAACGAUUACCACACUUACAUGCUGAUGGAAUAGUAAUGAUACAAACCCAAUUAGGUGUUAAGUGCAUACUUGCUCUGUUGAAUGAUAAACUGCAAUUGACCUUAAAUUUAAGCAGUAUUUAUGGGGAUUGUGGUUUACCACUUGAUCUAGCAGGAUGAAAAAUUUUAGUGCAAAAUGAAGUGCAGUUAUUACACAGGAAAAGAUUCCUUCCUCAUCCUGUGAUUAAGACAUAUUGCAUGACUGCAAAACAAUCUAGCCUAUUCAAGGCAAAACAGACUUUAGUAUAAAUGAUCCCUCUGUUCCUGGUUCCCAUGGAAAAGCAUGUAAUGACAGCUCCUGUUAUUGGUUUCACUGUUUUUAUUUAGGCUAUAAUGCCCUUUCUGUUAAUGUACAAGAAACAAAGAAUGUUUACAAGUUAAGUAUUGUGCCAGUUGUAGCACAUUCCUAAAGGGUUAGCUACUGCCAUCAAUGUUUUAAUAAAUACCCUGGUUACAUAUUACCUGUACUGGAGUAAAACCUAAACAUGACAAUAUUGUAGUAUGUGAAAUGAAAGUUAUCACUCUAUAAAGAUGAUUUCAAGAGUA